CACAGUCUUAACAGUGUUGUUUUGAGAGUUGUUGAAAGCGGUAAUAUAGUAUCUCAUCGGGAACGCUCUGUACAGUGUACACAAUACGCGCUGACAACGUUUUAGAUAAGACGAUAAAAUAUUUUAAUCAACCGGUUACAAACUUGCUAACUAAUAAGUUGCAAUCAGAACAGUUUGGAAAACAAUUAUUAAAUUAACACAGUGAAUACUGAAUUAUGAUUAAUAGGCGUUUUAGGCAAGUUAUCGAAUUAAAAUAGGAGGUGAUCAUGUGGCCAUUAAAAUCUUAAGCAAAUUGAACGUUGAUCAAACUACACAUAACGCAGUGAAAACCAACAGUAAUCGGUCACGAUUUGGUAGAAUAAAAACCAUACAGCCUACAACAAACACUAAAAAUGUCAUCUUUUAUUAAAUGGUACAGAUUUUACAGCCACACGUAUCCAAUACGCACCAAUCUUGUUCAAACAGGUGUAUUGUUUGGUGCCGGUGAUUUAAUAGCUCAAAGUGUAGUAGAAAAGCGCAAACCUGAUGAAAUUGAUUGGUUACGUACAGUUCGUUAUACAUCUAUUGGGUGUGCGGUUGGACCUACACUUACUAUGUGGUACAAAACUUUAGACAGAUUAGGAACAAAAAUCACGAUACCAAUAGUAGCUAGAAAAAUAUUAGUCGACCAAUUGGUUGCAUCGCCAAUUAUUAAUGGAUCUGUAAUGAUUAUGAGUAGAGUGUUCAGUGGUGAUGAAUGGCCACAAAUACAAAAGAAACUAGAAAACAACUAUGUGAAAGUUAUGUUCACUAGUUAUUUGAUUUGGCCAACUGUACAGACAUUUAAUUUCACCAUUGUUCCACAACAAUACAGGGUAUUAACAGUACAGAUAGUGUCAUUAGCUUGGAAUACAUAUCUUUCAUAUAUAAGUGUCGGUGGUAAAAAAUGAAAAUAAUCAUAUUUCAAAUAUAUAUUAAUGCACCUAGGGGUGAAUAAUUUUGUUAUUAAAUUGA